AUGUUUGAUUUUUUGAAGAAUUUGUCACAAUCAUCGAACUAUGUAGAUAAGGGGACGCAAGAAUCUUUACAAGACGCCGUGGGAAACCUUUCUCAAGCAUCACAUGUUAAAGGCUUUGAUCCCUCACAAAAAAUCAAGGACGACGAACCAGCAGAAUGGAUUACUCCACUGUCUUCAUUUAAGCCUCCGAAUUGGAAACCACCAACUCUGAAAGAUGAGGAAUUACUUGAGGACCGGGUGCAUGACAUUGAUCACUCACUAGUGUUUGUCCCUGAGGAUGCAUGGGCCAAAAUAAUUGAGUGGUCCUCAACUUCCAAGGAACUGAAAAUUGGACCUUCUAUGUUAACAAGUGUGUUAGCAGCACGCGUCAUGGGACCUACAGAAUGGCUUUUGAAUCACGAAAUUGAUGCUAUGAUGUACUUAUUCACUGAGAGGACUACUUUGCGACGAUGGGAACCAACAAAAGUAGCAUUCAUGAGCUGCAUGUUCAGUAAUCAAAUGAAGACCUCUUUCGAAGAGUUUCGGAAGGACAAGAAGAAAUUCAAAGUAUCAGAAUUGCUUCACCGGUACGGCAUUGGUGAACUUCCACCACACGGACGAACAGGACUGAUGUGGGAUCUUGACGUCACACGCAUGUAUGUGCCUCUUAAUGUCGGUAAACACUGGAUCUCUAUGUGUGUCAACUUUGUUUCUCGGUCGAUAGAGGUCUUUGACUGUGAGGGAUUGAAAUACAACAAGGAAGUAGAGCCAUUUGCCAUUCUCAUCCCUAGAAUUGUCAAAUGUGUUCACUCUUCAAAGAGUCGGCAGCAACUCACGGUCAAGCAGUAUACUGUCAGUUACGCCCCAAUGCCCUACUUACUAAACAAGAGUAGCAGUGAUUGUGGAGUAUAUGCCUUGAAGCACAUUGAAUGUCAUCUUCUAGGCUUGGACUUCUCUCUGGUGAAUGACAGCAACAUUCGAGAAGCGCGCCAAAAGAUUGUUUACGACCUAUGGGAAGCUGCCAAUGAUCCUGAACUUAUUUUGAGAAUGGCACAAUACAUUCCACCGAAGUUGAUCACAAAUCCUCUAGUGGAACUUGAUUGAAGUAGCUUUCGUUUAUUACUUGUUAAGGAAUAGAUUGGUAUUGGCUCUCUUAUUUGACUCUUGACUUUGAUUCUUGUAGUUACUCUUUAGUUUUUACUUUAUUUGAAAUAUUUAGUUGCUUGAUUUAACUGUUGUGACAAACCAUUUGAACCCCUAUCUAUGCCCUAAAAAUUCAUAUCAAUUUCUAAUCUCGAGAUCGGACUAUUGCUUGAUUUUACU